ACCAAACACACCAAUUAUCUCGCCCUUUCGUAUUAGAGAAUAAUCUUCAGCAAGGAAAAGUAAAAGUCUAGCAAAGAAAAGGCAUCAAAUGGAGACGAAAGGAAUGCUGAAACAGAAGGUCCAGCCGCUCCCAAAGCAGCAGCCCUGUCCACCUCUCACCCUUUCGCGUCUCCCCCGACGCUCCAAGCUCCCGCCAGUCACCCGGCGAGCGAGUCCGCCGCCUUCCGAUGGGGACGCCGCGGAAGCCGCCCAAGCUCGCCCUCCCGUCCCAUGAGAUCACCAUCGGCAAUUUCUUGACGCAGAGCGGGACGUUCAAGGACGGCGAUCUGCUCGUCAACAAGGACGGCCUCCGCAUCGUCUCGCUGAACGAGAAAGGCGAGACUCCUCCUAUAGAGCCAUCGGAUAAUCAAUUGAGCUUAGAUGAUCUAGAUGUAAUCAAAGUGAUCGGGAAAGGUAGUAGUGGAAACGUGCAAUUGGUCUGCCACAAAUGGACUGGGCAGUUUUUUGCUCUGAAGGUUAUACAGCUAAAUAUUGAGGCUAGUAUACGCAGACAGAUUGCCCAAGAGUUGAAAAUAAGCUUAUCAACAAACUGCCAAUAUGUUGUUGUGUGCUAUCAGUGUUUUUAUGUCAAUGGCGUCAUUUCUAUUGUUUUGGAGUUCAUGGACGGUGGCUCUCUUGCUGAUUUCCUGAAGACUGUUAAAACCAUUCCGGAGGACUACCUUGCUGCAAUCUGUAAGCAGGUAUUGCAAGGACUAAUCUACUUGCAUCACAAGAAGCGCAUUAUACACCGAGAUCUGAAACCAUCAAAUAUAUUGAUAAAUCAUAUGGGUGAAGUUAAAAUAUCAGACUUCGGUGUAAGUGCCAUUAUUUCGAGCUCCUCUGGACAAAGAGAUACAUUUAUUGGCACGCGCAACUACAUGGCACCUGAAAGAAUCAGUGGAGAGAAACAUGGUUAUAUGAGUGAUAUCUGGAGCUUUGGGCUAGUAGUGCUGGAAUGUGCAACCGGCAAUUUUCCAUUUCCUCCUUGUGAAAGCUUUUAUGAACUUCUUGAAGCUGUCGUUGAAAAACCGCCACCAUCUGCACCAUCAGACCAGUUUUCACCGGAGUUCUGCUCAUUCAUUUCUGCAUGUAUCCAAAAGGAUGCUAGUGAUAGGUCAUCAGCACAAGUCUUAUUGGGCCAUCCAUUCCUGAGCAUGUAUGACGACCUGCAUAUAGAUCUUUCUUCCUACUUCACUACUGCCGGAUCUCCACUCGCCACAUUCACUUCCAAUGGAAGAACCCAUUGAGGCAACUCUAAAUUAUUGUUCUCUUUAGGCAAAGGGUGUAACGGCAAAUACAACCAUGUGUAUCAUCUGGUGGAAGGACUGUGAAGCCUUUGGCAGUUGAUCUGUAGAGCUGUAGCUUACUGACGCGACUGUUCUGAGUUUUCCUUUUUUAUUUUUUCUGGACAAGGCUUGUGGUGUAUAAUGUGUGGUGAUCUCAUGUCUGGCAAAGAUUGUUAUCGGUUCCAGCACUAUACAUAUGGUUAUUGGUUCCCCAAAAUGGGGGAUUUGCCCGGUUGUUACUAUUUAAUAUUUAUAUUGGUGUUUCGAUAAAA